UGCUGCUGUGUACGAACGUUUUUGGUUUGAAUUCACCAGUGUUUGGUGUUCUCUUUGGGUUGUUGUCUUCCUUAUUCUCACUGUUUUUGCUGUGUUAUUUCUCAAGAACCAUCUGCAGAAAGUUUCUAUGACCAUUUAGGAUGUUUUUUUGGGUGUACCCUAGGUUAGCGUAGACAUCUCUUUUGAGUGGAGCAGCUGACCUGAAGAUUGCUCCAUACCCAAAGCCAAUAUUGCUACUAUAAAACUAAUCCGGAUUUGGCUCGGUUGUGCUAGUAGAGAUUGAUUCUUACCCGAGGAAAGGUCUAACCCAGAGCUAUUUAACAUGGCCGGGAGGUUUUGAUAUAUUGAUCUGUUGCUGUGCUGUGUGCAGAAAUUCUUGCCAUCUUGCAUUGACAUGGAAAUGGAGAAACUGAGAAGUUCUGUUGGGGCUAAUGGAACACAACUACCUGACAGCUGCCAUUCUUUGAACAAGCCUGCUGAAGAUUUGAUCAGAGAAAUAGCUGUUUUGGAGGUGGAAGUUGAGUAUUUGGAGAAGUAUCUACUUGCCAUGUAUCGCGAAAGGUUUUCAGAAUGGUUGGGGACCAUUGGACAUGGAGAUUCAGGCAGACAUGAUUGGAUAAUUUUCAACAAGAAAGACAGCAGAGAAAUGCAGAAGAAACAUUCUGUGGCAGAGCUAGAUGAUCCUAGUAUUCUCAGAUGCCAAUCAUCUUUAUCUCACACUGCUUGUUCCUUCAGAAUCUCUCCUCCCAUUGCUGAAGCUCUAGAUUCUUGCCAUUCUUUGCCUGACUCACUUCAACACUGUGCUCAACAAUCCACUGCAAACAAUGUUGAUCAACUCUGCUCAUUUGUUUCUCGUCAAGUUCAUGAAUCACCAAACUGGCUCUCAGAAGAGAUGAUCAAAUGCAUUUCAGCCAUUUACUGCAAGCUUGCUAGCCCUUCAUCAGCCCUCGGGUUGCAGACCGGAGAACAUUCAUCCUUCCAUUCAUGGUCUGAUAAUCCUUUUCGUUUGGAAGAGCCUUCUGUCACUGCAGUUGAGCUGCGAGGGCUCUGUCGCCAUGGACAAAGCUUGAACCGUGUACACCACGUGCUGCAACGUUUCAGAUCUUUAGUCUCACAGAUGGAGCAAAUUGAUCCGAGGAAAAUGAAACAUGAAGAGAAGCUAGCCUUCUGGAUCAACGUCCACAAUGCACUAGUUAUGCACGCCUUCUUGGUUUAUGGGAUCCCACGAAGUAAUCUCAAAAGGGCAUCCCUGCUCCUUAAGGCCGCUUACAACAUCGGAGGAAAAGCCGUGAGUGUAGAAAUGAUACAGAGUUGUAUUCUAAGGUGUCAAUUGGCACGACCCGGUCAAUGGCUGCAGUUGUUCUUCCCCAAGCUGAAGUUCAAGCCCAGAGAUCCACGGAGGGCAUACGCAAUACAACACGAAGAGCCUCGUCUUCGCUUUGCCCUUUGCUCGGGAUGCCAUUCUGAUCCCGUGGUUCGAUUAUACACUCCAAAGAGAGUGUUCCAAGAUCUUGAAGUGGCCAAAGAAGAGUACUUUCAGAUGAACAUUAGAGUGCACAAGGAACAGAAGCUGCUUAUGCCUAGGAACAUCGAAUGUUUCGUUAAGGAAGUUGGUCUGUGCUCGUCUGGGUUGCCGGAAAUGAUAGAUCAGUCUUUGCCGGAGAAAUUCAGGGAGAAAUUCCGGCAGACGGACGCCGGGAAGUUGUGGAAGAAGAUCGUAUGGGUUCCUCACAGCUUCAGUUUCCGUUACCUGAUUUCAAAUGAAUUAGCGGAGGGAGUCCUGUCUGUAUAAUACUUAUUUUCACAAACACGGUCUUAAAUCCCAAGCUGGUUCUCCAAUAUUGGGCCCACCAAGAAUUCUUGUGCUCUAGUAUAAUUGCUACUAAUUUUAAGGCCGUGUUUGAUGAGAUGAUGUUCAACUACUACAUUAAAUUGAUGUCACUAGUAGUGGUGACCAAGCCCGAGCCUGAACCUCCCCUAUGAAGGCCCGGGACUCCGGACCUAGUUACGGACAAAUUGUUCUGUGAAUCUGAAUUUAAAAUACGCAAUUUAUAUAUUGAAUUGCGAACAUUCAAUAUGUAACUUGUAACGGAUCCAUCUUGCAAGGUAGACUCGAGUCAAUGGUAUAAGUAUUGUCUAGUUAGGAAGGAGGUUAGGCCGGUUUCGGGUUUGAGUUUCAAAAUUGUGUAUGAAAAAUUUUAAAUUCAAAUUUGGUUAACUCUAAA